CCCACCCCCUUUCCUAGCAGAACAGCCCGCAACCAUUCAUAUCUCCAUACACGCGCUCAUAUGUACAUAUAUGUGUGUAUCUCAAGGAAAUCUUCAUUAGAAGGAGAUCAGCACCGAUCGCGAAGAGCAGCCAUCACGUUUGAACGCUGAUUUUUGGAUGACAUACAUGGAGUUACUUUCUAUCCACUCCUAGAAGGGAGAGAGAGAGGAAAGAGAAGGAAGGAUAUCAUCUUUUGCUAUACUGAGUGCGAUGAUUCGCUGGACUUUCUGUGGAAUGGUCUUAUCUGUUUUUUCAGUAGGAUCCUCCCCUAUUUUAACCUGAGCUAAUUUCAACAGUGAGGACACCCCACACACACAGCAAGAUGGAAGAGAAGAGGAGGAAAUUCUCAUUUAGCAGUGAUGACUCGGAUACCACUGAUAGUCAUGCAACAUCGUGGUCAAGAUGCUCCAAAGUCCCAGCAAAUAAAAUCACAUGGCCAAGACAGACAGAGAAGAAACCAUCAGAGGUUUUUCGCACUGAUUUGAUAACAGCCAUGAAAAUUCCAGACUCGUAUCAGUUUGGCCCAGAUGAUUUCUACAUUCUAGCAGACCCUUGGAGGCAAGAAUGGGAGAAAGGUGUGCAGGUGCCUGCUAGCUUAGAAGCAGCACCACAGCCGGAGGUUAGGUUUUCUCGUGUCUUUGAAGAUUCUCCCUUGCUGAUGUCAGAUUGCUCAUUAUCUGGUACUGAAUGUCCAGGAGGCUUCCACACUACUGCACAGGCAACCUGCCGAUAUGACCUGGAUGAGAUUGAUACCUGCUGGUUGGAACUUGUUAAUCUGGAGUUCAAAGAAAUGGAUAUGCCGCUUCUGGAUGAGCUCACUUUUGAGAAGGUGCUUGAAGAAUUAGAAAUGGUCUGCUUUGAGAACAUGAACAUUGCCAUUGAAACUGAAGAAGGUUUGGGUAUUGAAUAUGAUGAAGAUGUUGUUUGUGACGUUUGUCGGUCACCAGAAGGGGAGGAUGGAAAUGAAAUGGUUUUUUGUGACAAGUGUAACGUCUGUGUACACCAGGCUUGCUAUGGUAUCCUGAAGGUCCCCACUGGAAGUUGGCUUUGUCGAUCUUGUGCACUUGGAGCUCAGGCAAAAUGCUUGCUUUGUCCUAAGAGAGGGGGAGCACUAAAACCUACAAGAAGUGGGACGAAGUGGGUCCAUGUUAGCUGUGCCUUAUGGAUACCUGAAGUUAGUAUUGGUUGCCCAGAAAAGAUGGAACCUAUCACAAAGAUUUCACAUAUUCCACCAAGCAGAUGGGCUUUGUCCUGCAGUUUGUGUAAGGAAUGCACUGGUACUUGUAUUCAGUGUUCCAAGCCAUCCUGCAUUACCGCUUUUCACGUUACCUGCGCAUUUGACCGCCACCUGGAAAUGCACACGACUUUAGCAGAGAAUGAUGAAGUGAAGUUUAAGUCCUUUUGUUUGGAGCAUAGCAGUAGCAGCACAAAGACAGAAAGCCAACGACCAUCCUUGUCUGACAAAGAAGCUGACCAAACGAAGCUGGAUCUGGAAAAGGUCACCUUGAGGAAGCACAAACUUAUGCAGUUAGAAGAAAACUUUUAUGAACUAGUGAAGCCAGAAGAUGUGGCAGAAAAUCUUUAUGUGAACCAGAAUUUGGUUGACUUUGUUUUCCAAUACUGGAAGUUAAAAAGAAAGGCGAACUUCAACAAGCCUCUUCUAACUCCUAAAACAGAUGAAGUGGACAACUUGGCACAACAAGAGCAAGAUGUGCUUUACAGAAGAUUAAAGCUCUUCACACACCUCAGGCAGGAUUUGGAAAGAGUAAGAAACCUGUGUUAUAUGGUGACCAAGCGGGAAAAAAUGAAACACUCCAUUUGCAAACUUGAGGAGCAAAUAUUUCAUCUACAAAUGAAGCUCAUUGAGAAGGAUCUUCAUAACGAAAAAUCCAAGAAGAAGACAAAGGGUAAAAAGACUGACCCUAAAAGAAAAGGUAGAGAUAGCAGAAAGAGCAGCCCUGAGAAGAAGGACGAAAUGAAAACAGGGAAUGGUUCUGUUCUGGGACAAUUAGGUUUAUCAACAUCUUUCCCCAUAGAUGGAACAUUUUUUAGCAGCUGGUUGGCUCAAUCAGUUCAAAUAACUACUGAGAACAUGGCAAUGAGUCAGUGGUCCUUAAACAACGGUCACCAUGAAGAUGACACUCCAGGCCUUCUUUCUGAAGAGCUCCUACAAGAUGAAAAAGCCUUAUUAAGCUUAAUGGUCGAUAACUCCCUGAAAUCUCCUUUUAAACAGAAUGAGACUGUGAAGAAAGUUAGAAGCAAAACAAAGAUGAAUGGUAAAAAAAAGCUCCCAAAAAAUAGUCAAUGCUCUGUACUAAAGGGGGACCAUGAAGAGCUGGUUCACUGGGAAAACCUUAAAUAUUUCUCAGAUGAAAGUGAAAAGCCUCUCAACCAGAACUCCAAAGCUAAUAAAAUAGGUAAAGGAUUGUCAAAGGUACCAGUUUGCCGAAAAGUACAAGGUGAAAAGAAAACCUCAAAAAAGACUUUACAUACACGUACAGAGAAAGCAGAUGGAUCCCAUAGGUUAGCAGAGCGGAAUCCAGCAGGUAGUGAAAAAAAGACACUAAAAUAUUCUCAGCCUGAGUGUAAUUCUCCUGUUAAAGUGCCUGAUUCACUUGGUUGUGCAACAACAACUAUGAGAUUGAGGUUAUCUAAAGCUGGGGUUAAGAGCAAGGAUGUCCACUGUGAAAAUAAAGAGAUGGCCAACGAGCCUCAAGUCAGUGAAGCACCUAAGUUAAAAUCACAUUUGGACAAUGAGACCGAUGGCUAUUAUUCAGAUGCAGAGAUGACCGACUCAGAAGAGGAUUCGACUCAAAGAAGAGUGCAUCUUAACAAGUUUGAUUCAUCAAAUGACGACAUUGUCAGAAUGAGCAUUUUGGCAUCCUAAUUCUCCAGAAAAAGAAA